CAACGUCACGUUUGGAUCCAAACUCAAUCCCAUCGAAUUGAAAUUUUGUCGCAGAGUCUUUCUCUUGUCGUACGCCCUUCCUACAGCUCCGCUGCAAUUAGAACGAUGUUUCGUCGAGUUCACCUUGGCGCGUUUCUUUGCUCUACGUUUACGAACACUCGUCAUCCUGUGGUUUCCAGGCUCGCUGGAGUUAACGUUUCUAGAUAUCAAUUUAGUACAACCUCAAUGUCCGGUUCUGAGGCCGCGCCCAUGUCGGACAAACCCACGGUUCCGAUCAUUGACGUUCCUACUGAACUGGAUGGCUUUGGUCAACCUCGCAUACCUUUCAGAGGUCAUUACGAGAUGGAGAAGAAUGACUUGAGAAGAAAGUGGGCUGAGCAGUUUGCUGGGGGAAAGUCUUUGGAGUUUGUGUCUGAUUGGUGGAAUGUGGAAGGAAAGGAGCAUACUGUAGACAGUCAGAUGACAUUACUGAAAGGAAAUAUAGAGAAUCCUAUUGGAUUAGCUAAAAUUCCUCUUGGGUUGGUUGGACCUGUUCUCAUGCAUGGAAAACAUGUUGAUGGGUAUGUCCUGUGUCCAUUUGCAACCACAGAAGGUGCACUAGUUGCAUCAGCAACAAGGGGAGUCACUGCUUGCAACAGAGCUGGAGGCAUUACAACUCAUGCUUUUUCUCAACAAAUGACACGUGGUCCAUGCUUUAUGACUGCAAGUUUGGUGGAAGCAGUGAAACUCACUGACUGGCUUGUGUCUCAUCUAUCUGAUCUUCAAAUGCAAGUGCAAAAUAUAAGUCGUCAUUGCAGGCUUGUUCAUGUUGAACCUUUUGUAAUUGGCCGAUCAGUCCACGCUUUGUUUGUUUGUGAAUCUGGACUAGCAGCUGGACAGAACAUGGUGACAACAGCAACAUCAGAAGCUUGCAAGUGGAUGUUAAAAGAGAUAGAAAAGACAAGGAAGGAUAUCAACAUUUUGAACUAUUGGGUUGAGACGAAUCUCAGUUCAGACAAGAAGAACAGCUAUAUUUUGAACUCUCCUUCAUCAAUUCGAGGAGUACGAGGUGUACAUGCACAAGCAGAUGUAUACAUUCCAGAGUCAGUACUGAAGAGUGUUUUGAAGAGGGAUUCAGAAGGUCUUCUGGCAACUUACCAUGCUUUUCAUCAAGGCAAUUGGUUGAUUGGAUCUCCAACGUUUACUAUCAAUAUUAGCAAUGCUGUCGCUGCUGUGUUUGCUGCAACUGGUCAAGAUAUCGCUUGCACUGUCGAAAGUUCUUCUGCCUUUUUCAAUGUGGAAAGGGCAUCUCCAUCAGAUAUUCAACGAUUUUCAAAGUUUGGAACAAUAGAUAAGUCAGAGGGAGGAUUGUACGCGUCUAUGACUUUACCAUCUUUGCAUGUUGGAACAGUAGGAGGUGGAACUGGUCUUGCAACACAAAGAGAAUGCCUUCAACUUAUGGGCUGUGAUGGAGAGAAUGGCAAUUUACGAUUGGCUGAAAUCAUUGCCGCAGUGUGUCUUGGCCUUGACCUUUCUUGCUUUGCUGCAGUAGCAAGUGGGCAGUUUGCAGCAGCACAUAAUCGUUUGGGAAAGAAUCGUCCUGACCUUGGGCUUCGUGCUGAUGAUUUGAACAAAGAGUUUUUUGAUAGUCUACUCAAUGAAGGAGAAGAAUUGAUCCGUUGGCGCUCACUUGAUGUUGACAGUCAACAGAGCAUUUUGUCAGAUCUUGCAAAAGUUCGUGAAAUUACAAAAGAAAUUGGGCAUCUUGGAUUUGAAUUAGAAUACCAACCAACUGAUUACACUGACACGAAAAGAAAGAGAAUUAUUGUUAAAACGAAGGCAACUGACUUGGAGACAUGCAAUAUGUUGAAUAAAAUUGCUCAAGGAUGUGGUGGUGACCUAGCAGAAGCAUACGAGUUUUUCAAGCUGCAGACAGGAUUUCAAGACACACACAAUCGAGAAACAACUGUAAUGUCAAUGGAAGAUUCACGAUUUGUGAACAUUGCACCAAAGGUCCAUCGUGUUUGGUGUGACCAUAAGAAGGACAUUUUUGUGAUUGCAAUGGAAAAGUUGGAAGAUGUGACUCACUUUGACACAGUGGAUGACGUAUCACAGUGGAGUAUUGACGAAAUUAAGGUUGCCUUGCGUGACAUUGCUCACUUUCAUAGCAUUUACUUGGACAAAACUGAUGAUCUGGUAAGGAAAUAUCCGUUCUUUGAGUCAACAACAAGUCAGGAACGGAUGAUGAAACUUAAACCACUCUGGACAGCUUUGCUCAAACAGAAUGUCACUGAGUUCCCAGAAAUGUGGACACCAGCAAGGAGGCAUCUUGGGUUGCUACUAAUCGACCAAAUUCCUGCCAUUUUUCAAAGGCUUGACUCUGCUCCCAGAACUCUUGUUCACAAUGAUUUCAAUCUAAGAAAUGUCUGUCUUCGUCCUUCAGCUUAUGAUGAUGAGUUGCAAGCUGAUUCUCGUCGCUUGUGUGCUUAUGAUUGGGAGCUGGCAACUGUCCAUGUUCCUCAAAGAGAUGUUGCCGAGUUUCUCUCAUUUGUUCUUCAUCCUGAAGUGUCACAUGAGGUUCGACAUGAUUUAGUUGAAUAUCACAGACAACAGCUGGAAUCAUUCUCUGGAGUGAAGUUGGACAAAAAUAGAUAUCAUCAAGAUCAUGCACUAGUAUGUUGUGAUCUGGCAAUCAAUCGUUUCCCAUUAUACUCAAUGGUCUACACUUUCAAAGAUUACCGUUUCUUGCCUCGAGUCAUAGCAUGUCACUUCAACUAUUUGCAACAUCUUGCAGAUACUGGAAAACUAACAUUUGACUGA